AAUCUCCAUACUUUACUCUCAAAAAAACCUAGUUUGCAAUGAGGAGACCUUGUGAUAAUCAAAACCCUAGUUGCAGACUUAAAUGGAGAUGCAGCUUUGGAGAAGAUGAAGAACAUCUCAUCAUCAAGCUCCAUGCAUUACUUGGAAAUAGGUGGUCAUUGAUAGCUGGGAGAAUCCCUGGACGGACUGAUAAUGAGAUAAAAUACUACUGGAACUCACACUUGAAGAAGAAGCUCAUAAAGUUAGGAAUCAAUCCUGAAAAACAUCAUGUCAACCAGAGUAUAAAUCUCAGGCUAGCUUCAAGCUCAAGUGGCCGGAAAAAGGACGAUACGAUGUCCGAUGGCAAGCGGAAAACUCCUUGUGUGCUGCCGGACUUGAACCUGGAGCUCAGCAUCAAGCCUAUGCAGUGUUUUAAUGAAUCAAAAGCAUCCAGUGGAGUUGAAGAUGAAUGUUCAUCUCCUCCAACUCGCUUGCUUUUUUAGAUAUAUGUUCAAUUAUGGUUUACUGGUUUGCAUGCUGAAA